UUUCUUUCUUUCUCGCUAUCCUUUUCCAAGUUCUCCAGCUGGGUUAGGCCAAAUAGGUAUGUUUUCUCUGCAUGUUUUUAAUAAUAAGAAAAGGAAGACGCCAUCUCUUUUUUUUUUUAAAAAAAUAUUUUUUGGCACAAUAACCUUUCAAGGUAGGCCAGCCUGCAUUCUUUGCCCAAGUCGUGGGAAACUCAUUGAAUUUCCUGUCUCUCCAUGCACUUUGGGCUGUUUGCUUAAGGCUCCCUGACUUUCCCUCCUUUUGCACUCUUCUUCUUUUUUUUUUGGCAGAUUUUAAUUUAUUUGCUAAAUUUAUUUGCUACCCGCCUGGCUACGGGCGAGAUAAAGCAGUGAAAAAUGAUUUAAAACGUGCAAAACAUAACAUUUCUUUUUGCUGGAAAGCUGGGUUGGUCACUGUGGGAGCCAAAGGUUUAGAGACCUUGGGCAGCCCUGUUUCUUUUUAAAAUGUUUUUUUUUGCAUAUAUUUUUAUUUUUUAAAUUAUAUUUACGAUAUGAAGACGUGGCUUAUAGUCCCGAGUUCGAAUGCCGGCUGCCCCCAAAGGGAGCAUUUUUAGUAUCGAUAGGAGCUCAGCAGCUGCAGGGAGCGCAAGCCAAAGAAUGUUCCUGCUCCAUAAACAUCGGUCUAACACCACCGGCCAAGACACGAGAUGAGAAAAUAAAAGACCGGUAUUUCAUCUGUUAAUUCCUGCACUUUCUGGGCAAACCUUGACGGGAGUCACAUCAAGAAGAAGAAGAAGAAGCAAUUACUUUUGUGCGAGCCGUUAUUUUAAAAAGAGGAUUUCGCCCCCAGCCAAAGGAAAAUGGGCAACGUGGAAAGCAGCGGCUCUUACCAGAAACACCUUUCCAGGUUUCUUCCCGAUGAGCUCAUGGACAUCGAGGGCGUUUUUAGCGCCUUAUCUGGAGCGGAUGAAGCCGUGGCUGUGAAAGUGGGGAAAAAGGCGCAGACCGGGGUGACCCUUGAAGCACUCAAGGUCUACGUCAAGGACGCCCUGCCUCCAUCCAUGGUGACGAGACUGUACAGUGGGAUGAUGAGCAUUCAGGAGACCCACCAUCCCCCCGAGCCCAUCCCCUGGGUGGCAAAGGAGCAGUUCGUGGUCUUUGCCUCCACCCUCUUCAAGGGCAACGCCCAGGAAAAAAGUGGGGUGGUCCUGCAGAUGGUCUCGGGGGCUCAGAAGACGGUCAAGGGGAGCCAAAUCCUAGAGUUUGCAGGGGAUCUGAUCAGCUCCGUGAUUCAGGUGCUCAGCUACAGGAAGCUGCUGAAAGGGUGGAAUCCGAAGAAGCUGGAUAAUUCGGUCGCUAGGAUCAAAGCCUUGGCUACUCAGCUGACCUCUGAACUGAAGUCGGCAGAGGGGAAGAAGAUGGAGGGAGACUCCGUCCUGGAUGCCACCUGUGACCGAAACAGCCUGGAGGAUUGGCUUUUCCGCGUCCCCCAGAUCUCCACCUUCCUCAAGGUGGUCCUCCAGCGGGGCCUGCUCCUCCUGCAGCCCCUCUCCGACGAAGGGGACGAGACCCUCCGCCUGCUGCCGGCGUGCCGGGGCCUCCAAGCGACCGCUGCCUUCGUCAGCCUCCUCGACCUCCCUUCCAUCACCUACCUCAAUUCCCACCUGCCUUCCGAGCUGCGGGAUAAGUGGCAGCUGGUCUUCGCCUCCGGGAUUCACGGCGAGAGCUUUUCCCAGCUGUGCGGCCAUAUUGUCAGCCAAGGGCCCUGCCUCCUGGUCCUGAAGGACACCGAUGGCCACGUCUUCGGCGGGUUUUCCUCCUGCUCCUGGGAGGUGAAGCCUCAGUUCCAAGGAAACAACACCUGCUUUUUGUUCUCCGUUUCUCCCUCGCUGGCGGUCUUCACCUGCAGUGGCUACAAUAACCACUACAUGUACCUCAAUCACGGGCAGCAGACUAUGCCGAACGGACUUGGCAUGGGAGGUCAACACGAAUACUUCGGCCUCUGGGUGGACAGUAACUUUGGCCAAGGCCACAGCAGAGCCAAGCCUCGGUGCACCACCUACAACAGCCCUCAGCUGUCGGCCAAGGAGAACUUCCUGCUGGAUUCCAUGGAGGUGUGGGCCGUGGGAGACACCUUGGAAGCCAAAAAUGGAAGAGGCCAAAAGAGCAUCUUAGAUACCGAUCCAGAGGCCCAAGCCUUGCUGGAGAUGAUGGGGAAAAGCCGGCAGAGUGACGGGUUUCGCAAACCACCCGAUGAUGACGGAGAAGACAACUGAGAUCUCACCUCGGAAUCUUUUUUUCCUCCCCAAGUCUGACCGGGAUCUUGCUGGAACGCCCCCCCCCCCCCCGAGCUUUCUAUUUUCCACACGUCGGUAUCCGUUGUCCAAUCUCUUUAAGCGCGGUGAGAUUCGGUAAAAUAACAAUUGGUGUCUUUGCAAACUUUGGAUGUCUUUAUCUGCAGGGGUAGUUUUUUUUCUCCUCCUCUCCCCAGGGAUUGGAGCGUGUAUUUCUUCUAAAUUCAGGACCUUCUUUUUCUUCUUUUCACAUUUAUUUUGGGUGCAAAACUUCCAGUAUUCCUUGGAGAGACCCCAGUUCACUCGCAGGGGUUCUCAAAACCCAAAUGUCUUCCAUGCAGAUCGAUUUGUAUUUUGCUGGGGGGAAAUUUAAGUGCUCCAUAAAAAACAUAAUUUGGGUGUGUGUGUGUGUCUGUUGAGGUGCCAUAUCCAGAAAUCAGGAUUUCAUAUCUGAAUUAAUCAUACCACUAUAAACAAUUGAAUCAGGUUCAGGCCAAGUUUUUAAGAGACUGGACAGAUGUUGGCUGUGAAUUUCCAGCUUCGUGGAGUAGCAGACUGUAAAUGUGUGAAUCCAGCCACUGUUUAUUUUUUUUAAAAACCUAAUUGAACACCAAGAUUGCAAUACCCCGUUGACCCAACCCCAGGAGAAACCAAGGCAGACUUUAUGAACAAGUGUCUUUUAUUACAUCUUAAAUAAAUAAAAGCAGGGAAUCCUUCAUUUUGGGGACCUGUUUUGAAGGGGGACACAAUUGUCAGAUGGCAUCCAGGCAUCAUUUUAACUUUGCAGGAGCAGAUGGCCGGUGAUGGGAUCAGCUUGUGAUUAAGAGUUGGGGAACCUUCUGAGAUUAGAAGAGACCCAGAUGACUCCCAAGGGCUUUGCAGAAUCUGACAUCCCCUUUGAACCCAAUUGGGGUGGGGGUGGGGGCAAGGUUCCAGCCGUGCCAGUUUAGCCAGUUAUCGUAAUCAUUCACGACCCGAUGAGCUUAAUUCCACUUUGUUGUGAAGUUACAUUGUGCAGAACUUUUCAGGUCUGGAAAUACGGGUCUUCUGCCCUCACCUUUACAGACUGAGAAACUAGGGAAGGGGCCUCUUCGGAACGUCUUCCCCAAUCCCGAGGGCUAUGCGGUCUCUUAUUUGGCCCUUCCUCUGCACCCCCGUGGUCUUUGCCCUCACGCCGUCGACACAAGGCGCGUCCCUAUUCGUCAGACCAUUUCCAGCGGUCGCUGCUCCUCCUUUGACCCGCAGCAAUAUUUCUCGCACACUUUGACCAGUUCCGAGAGGAUGAAGACCGAAGACGCCAGGGCGGUGAGGAACAACAGGUCUAUCGAGAGAAGGGAACAGAUGGGUUACUAAUACGGACAGCAGAACACCAAGGCGGGCAUCAGUUGGCAACCGACAAUCCAUUCAACUUCCACUGAAGCCGCAUUUUGGAGGGCUGCUCUCUUAACGAUUAACGGGAGCCAUAAGGACGCUGGCACGAAAAUAAAGAGGAGGGUAAUGUGUCCCCUGAACCUCGUAAUUUUCACCUUUUCGAAGGUUGCCAUUUAGAUUUGUUGAAAAGAAAAAGACAUGCAAUCUUGGAAACGAACUUCUCUCUUCCCUUCCCGACGCUUAGAAGCUGGAUUUCACAGAGCGCGUCAUUAGGCGUCCCAACAAAUCUCUUUAAUCGCCAGGAGUUUAAAAAGCUUUUAUUUGGAAAGAUUGAAAUCCUCCUUCGAAAAAGGGUAGCCCCGGGACUUACCCAACGCUCGUAAACUCUCUGUCUGGAAGAUCUUUUGCAGGGGAGGGAUGUAUAUAACAGCCAUUUGACCCAAAAUAGAUCCUAACACCGAAUAUAGGAACAUGCGGUUUCGGAAAAGGCCGAUUUCCAGAAUCAGUUUCGUCUGGAGGAGGAAAAGGAAGAUCAGAUCAUUCAAUAAGACAUUUGGUCUUUUUCUCUUUUUCUUUUCUUCUAUGAGCCCAGCCUGUUUUAUUUUUUUCUUCAAAAUAGUUUUUUUUUUAGCAAAUCAGAUGAUUAAUAAAAUCAGGUAUUCGAUAGCAGAUCAAUGCAACAUCAAUGCAGAUAUUUUUAAACCCAGGGUGCUUUUGUUAACUAUUGUUGGCAUCAAUAAGGAAGUCCAAGGAGUGGAUUUUGAGUGAAUUUAGUAUUUCUCCUGCAAGUGCCAAUUCGUUGUUUUGCAAUUAGAAGGGGAAAACACCCUUCUGAUAUCUUAAAUGCACAGACAUAUUUAAUGUGCAUAGCCUGGAUCAUAUAUCCUUACAAACCAGCAUCUGCUUGGUUUACUUUGUAAUAUGAAGUCAAGCGUGCUUGUUUAACCACGGUUUGCGGCUUAGUACAAUAUACAGGGCUGCAGUAAAUUAUGGUUUACUUAGCAAUCGAGGUAAAGCAAACCGUGGCUUACUGUGAUGCAUAAAAUUAUGGUGGUCUUUUAACAUUUACUUUUUUUUACGGAGACAAAAUAAAACCGGCAGUCCUCUGUUCAAAUUCUUUCAAA